AAUUGGAAUUGUGGGUAAUCUAUUGCGACGACAACGACAAGCCCUCUCAAAAUGGCAACCGAGCCAAACUAAAAGAUUACCAUAUUUUGGGACAAAAAUUCUUCCCAUUUUCAAGACUUUGUAAUAGAAGUAUUGUGAUAAAUUUCUUCAUGAUGGAAAGCGCUGGCGGAUCAAAUCAGAAAAGCGAGUUCCUGGUAGGAGGAAAGUAUCGUUUGGUAAGAAAAAUAGGCAGUGGGUCUUUUGGAGACAUUUAUCUUGGUAUCAACAUAACAAACGGAGAAGAGGUAGCUGUAAAGCUUGAAUCAACAAAAGCUCGACACCCCCAAUUACUGUAUGAAAGUAAACUCUAUAAGAUUCUUCAGGGUGGUGUGGGAAUUCCUCAUAUUCGUUGGUAUGGGCAAGAAAAAGAUUACAAUAUCCUUGUGAUGGAUCUCUUGGGGCCAAGUCUUGAAGACCUUUUCAACUUCUGUUCUCGAAGAUUCACAAUGAAAACCGUUUUAAUGCUUGCUGAUCAAAUGAUAGGCCGAAUUGAGUAUGUCCACAACAAGAAUUUCAUCCACAGGGAUAUCAAGCCUGACAACUUUCUCAUGGGAAUAGGUCGCCAUUGCAACAAGGUUUUCCUUAUUGACUUUGGAUUGGCCAAAAAGUACAGAGAUAGCCGAACACGCACCCACAUCGCGUACAGAGAAGACAAAAAUCUCACUGGAACUGCCCGGUAUGCAAGUAUCAAUGCACAUUUAGGAAUUGAACAAAGCCGAAGAGAUGACAUGGAAUCCCUUGGAUACGUUUUGAUGUACUUCAACCGUGGAAGUUUACCAUGGCAAGGACUUAAAGCCAACACAAAGAAACAAAAGUAUGAAAAAAUCAGUGAGAAAAAGAUGUCCACACCUGUAGAAGUUCUGUGCAAAGGUUUCCCUGCAGAGUUUGCCAUGUAUCUAAACUAUUGCCGUGGACUGCGCUUUGAAGAGGCUCCUGAUUACAUGUACCUGCGGCAACUAUUCCGAAUUCUCUUCCGAACCCUGAAUUAUCAGUAUGAUUACACAUUUGACUGGACAAUGUUGAAACAAAAAGCAGCACAAGUUGCUCAGUCAACAGCAACAGCAGCUGCCACUGCAGGCCGCUAAAGUAACACAUGAUGAGAAAAAGAAUUCUUGAAUGAAUUAAGAAAAUUUAUGUGAUAGAAUGAACAGAAUGCUCAUGAUAUUCAAGCAUGUCUGAUAAAGUUGAAAAGUUCAUUUGGAAAAUCUGUAUUCUCUUUUUCAACUAGUUUUAUGUUAGUAUGGAAAAAGUAACAUAUAGUGGAAGAUAGAGAUAUUUUGGUUGAAAAAGAUAAUGGACAGGUGUUGGAAAGUCAAGAUCUGUAACAGUGUAUGAAUGUUGGGUGAUAUUUGUGUUAAUUUGGCAACAUGAUAGUUGUAAAAAGCUUUGAGCUUUUUAAUAUUAGAGCUUAUGCUGGAAAAUUCCUGCAGAUGCUUUCUUUGUUUUUAACUAACUUUUAAUAUUAUUAAGAUUGUAUUAGUCAUGACAAUGUUUUCCCCCUCUCGUAAUUUAUUAAAGAAUUAACAGUAACUGCAAAAACUUAACCUUUCUGGGAAGCAUUGUUGUUUACAAUUUAUCAAAUUUUGAAAUUAAACUGGACAACCAAAGUUUUUGCAAUGAAAUAUAUGAUUUUUAUUUUGAUCAUGAUGGUACACUAAUAAUUCAUUGUAUCAGCUAGAAAAAAUUGUGUACAUUGACAGAAAAUUUAAUUCCUUGUUGUACAUGUAUUAAUAUUAUUAUGUAAAUAAGAAUUUCCUUGUCUUUGUAUAACAAUAUCUUAAUUUACAAUAAUUGCUUUUUUUAUCUGUCAAAAGUUUGGUUUGAAGUGGACUGUUCAAAAAGUGUCAAUGUCAUGUGGUAUUGAAAUAUUUUUUAUGUAAUAUAUUCAUUUGUUUGGAUAUGCAUCAAAACAUUAGCAGGAUAAGAUUUGUGCAAAUUGUUUUCUUCUUUUUUUUCUGAUGUGGUAAAAUGAUCAUUAUGCUAUAUGUAACACAUGCUAUAUUUGUUAUAGGGAUCUCUGUAGAGGAGAGAGAGAGAAAGAGAGAAAAAGAAGUGAAUGAGUGAGAGAUUUAGUAGUGUGUAUGCUAUAUUUAAAGGGUCUUAAACACUGUUAUUCCUUUUUUUUAUUUGUUGAACAAGUCAAAAUCAUAUAACAUUUGUUGUGAUUAUAUUUAUUGAAAAACUAACAGCUGCAGUACAAUAUUUAGUUGUCAGCACCCACAAGUAGGAGAGGCAUUUGAUGUAGUUUUGUAUUGUACUAUAGUAGAUAUCUGACAAAGUUUCAUUCAUACUUGGCAAAAGCAACUUGUUUUCCAUAACACUUUUUUCAAAGUAGGCUGACUGUAAUUUUUGUUUUCUUUUUUUUAACACAAGAAUGAUGCAUUUUGUAACUAAGCCCUUAGUAUCCUCAAUGAUUUUAAUAUAAUCACUGUUUUUUAUAAUUUGUAAGUAUUGUAGUACUUCAUCAAAAUCUGGAGUUUUAAUUUAUAUGUCAUCUGUCUGUUACUGGUUGUAUGGAGAGUCAAAGUGAAAUUGAAUGUAUUAAAUUAACUAGAAGUCAGAACACAAAUGUAAUGUUUGAGAUAUCAGAGUCCAAUAAAAUCCUCUGUGUGGUGAA